ACCAGAGCGCUUCCGGUCGUGUAGUGCACCGUCGUGUUUUCGUGAAAUACUAGAUCAUAUGGUAUUUAUGCACUUAGUAGCGAUAUUAAUCGAAGAAGCCUCUAAAGAAGCUCCGCGUGCAGUGGGCCGCUGAUGAGAUGAGUGGCGUGUGUGAAUCAUAAUCAGAUCAGAUAUCGAUGAAGUAUUGAUCAGUGACGAUGAUGAAGAGAGCGGCGCGACACUCGCGGAGAGGAAGAGCGAGCAAACGAGCCAAGAGCGACGAGCACGCGGCGGACACACGUGACGACCCCGGCCGGAUGAGCACGGGCUUCUGUCGGCUGUGUCACGGGAAGUUCUCCACGCGGCGUCUGCGGCAGGCGUUUGCGCAGCUGCAGGGCGAGACCUGCGCCGUGUACCCGCUCUUCUGCGCAGACUUCCAGCAGCUGCUCGGGGUGCCCAUGGACAGAGACCCCCGUCUGUCCCAGUUCAUCUGCAACAGCUGCCACGCUCAGUUCUACCGCUGCCACAGCAUCCUGCUGGACUUCAGGAACCGAGUCAACCUGACGCCCGCCUCCAGAGACAGGAACAGCAGCGAGUGCUCGCCGUCACAGGAUGGCAUCACUUUAUUCCGGUCGCACAUCACCUCAGACAGACGCUGUCUGCACGGUCUGGUGUCGUGGGCUCACGGUCAUGCCGAGGCCUGCCGCUCCUGCCCUGACCUGCAGGAGGUGCUGGAGGGCCAGUGCCGAGGGGCUCUGCAGGUGGUCUGGAGAUGCGUGGACGGUCACACUUAUGUGAUGGACACCAGCGGCGCUCAGGCCAGAUCAAACGCUGGGCCACAGACCACUGAAACUCAAAGUGACGACAGAGCAAAAGCAAGCAAAGACGACCUCCAGUCAGCGUCCAGAGCCAACAGCGUCCGCACGGCGAGGUCCGGUGAAGCUGCUGCAGCUCGGAAUCACAGCAGCACUCCUGCCGAAGACAUGCAGUCCUGUGAGGAGACGGCCACUACAGUAGCACCACUGCUGAUGGACGCAGAUGAUGCGGACAGUGAUCUCUCAGACAGGAACCUGUUGAGUGACGAGGAGUGUGAGGACAGGAGGAAGAGCGGCUCAUCUGAGGACAGCUCAGAUCUGAACACUGACAAGCGUUCCUCAAAGAGCAAAGAGUCCAAGACGCUGGAACCCAAAGCCAGGAGGAAACCUGGACCCAAGCCUGGCUGGAAGAACAAGAAGGCAGAGCGAGAGGAGCUGCCCACCAUCUACAAGUGUCCUCAUCAGGGCUGUACGGCCGUCUACAGAGGAGCCGACGGCAUGAAGAAACACAUCAAGGAGCAUCACGAGGAGGUGCGGGAGAGGCCCUGUCCACAUCCAGGCUGCAACAAGGUCUUCAUGAUCGACAGAUACCUGCAGAGACACGUCAAACUCAUCCACACAGAGGUGAGGAACUACAUCUGUGACGAGUGCGGCCAGACGUUCAAGCAGAGGAAACAUCUGUCGGUGCAUCAGAUGCGUCACUCCGGAGCCAAACCGCUGCAGUGCGAGGUGUGUGGCUUCCAGUGCCGCCAGCGGGCCUCGCUCAAGUAUCACAUGACCAAGCACAAGGCGGAGGCGGACCUGGAGUUCGCCUGUGUGAUCUGCGGCAAGCGCUUCGAGAAGGCGCACAAUCUGAACGUGCACAUGUCCAUGGUGCAUCCUCUCCUGCAGGGCGGCGGCGUUCCUGCCGCUCCAGACUCGUCCGCAGCCGACAUCAGCUGUGUGCUGGACACAAACCAGUGAUCCAUCAGCCCUGCUCAGAGACGCUCUCACAGGAGCACCGCGAGGUCACAGAGUAGUGUUUGAGCUGCACGCAGAAACCGGUUUAGAGCUGACAGAGCACAUACAUCCAGCCCAGUUUAGCAGACAAACGCUGAAGAUCCAGCGCUUCUGACUGACGCUAAUUUCUGUGACAUCUGCAGUGAGCAGCCAAUCACACGAGACAGAGCCAGGCUCAGUUCACGCUCAUGAGCGAGUCGCUCUGCUGAAGAUCACCAGAUUCUUGAGAGGAACGUCGUGAAUUCAAAUACAUUUACAACGCCGCAGAAGUUUGAGAAGAAAACAUCUGCCUGCAUUAAAGCAUUUCUGAGACGACACAAGCUUAGACAUUUUACACGCUCUGUUUUAUUCAUCAUACACACAGUUUGGGAUCAGGAAGAUUAUUCAUAGUUUAAGAAGUUUCUUCUGCUCAUCAAGGCUGUAUCUAUUUGAUCAAAUACAGAAAAAAUUAUUUUGUGAAAUAUCAAGUUUUAAUAUGCUGUAAAAUAGAAUGUAGUUCUGUGACGCAGCUGUAUUUUCAGCAUCAUUACUGCAGUCUUCAGUGUCACAUGAUCUUCAGAAAUCAUUCUAAUAUGCUGAUUUGUUAUUAAUGUUGAAACCGUUGUGCUGCUUAAUAUUGUUUUUUGGAACCUGUGAUAUAUUGUAACACAAUUUUGAUUAAACACUGUUCUUUUUAACUUUUUAUUCAAAGUAUCCUGAAAAACAUGUUUAAUCAAAAUUUUGUGUUACAAUAUAUAUCAGGUUCCAAAAAACAAUAUUAAACAGCACAGUUUCAACACUCAUAAAUCAGCAUAUUAGAAUGAUUUCUGAAGAUCAUGUGACUCUGAAGACUGGAGUAAUGAUGCUGAAAAUACAGCUGCGCAUCACAGAAAUACAUUAUAUUUUAAAGUAUUUUAAGAUAUGAAACUAAUAUCAGCAACUGCAAUAUUUCACAAUAUUACUUUUUUUUUUUCUUCAGUGUUUUUAAUAAAUGAUGCCAGUGAAUGUAUAUAUUUAAAAGUUGAAAAUUAGAAAUAUGUCCUUGUGUAAUGCAGUAAGGAUAUAAGACUCAUAAUAAAUAAUAGGUGUAAUGAUCUUCUCACGGUCCCUUGACUCGGAGUGUUUUCAUCUGAAAGCUCAGUCCUUUGAGACGAAUGUUUCUGAUCACGUGACCUGUGCGAGCGGCUCUCUGCUGUGCUGAUGCUGUGUCCGGCGUCUCACGUGAAGCUGCGGAGCGCUGCGGAGAUCUCGGGGUCCAGCUGCUCGUAUUCAGACUGCAGCUGCAGGAGACACAGCACAGGAACUGAACACUCGUUUACUGGCAGCUAAUAACAGCACUGAUUAAUCAUUACACCCUCAGAGACACAGCAGACGUGAUCGAGUCAUGUUGGGUGUUUUAAUGUCAAUAAUAAACAAAUACAUCUCA